ACAGAAUUUUGCUUAAAUCUCAGCAGUGUCAUAAACUGCGUUGUUUCUUCGUUCUCUCACUCUCCUCUUCUUGGCAAAAUGGGAAGCCUAUACAACAAGAACAGAGUGUUUGGAUCAUCAUCAACCCACAGUAGCCCCACCUGCACACGCACACACCAGAUUGGAGCCCUAGCUCUGAUCUUCACCACCUUCUUCCUCACCAGACUCCUAGACCAGUCUUUCAACUCCACCACUUUCCAAUACAAAUCCCAGAACGACGCCGUUUCGCAGGAUUUCUACAAGGGGUGGCCACAAAGAGGGUAUGGGACCCACCUGUCACUGAAGAUCUACGUGUAUGAUGAAAAUGAGAUUGAGGGGUUGAGACAGUUGAUGUACGGACGAGAUGCGAAAAUAUCGGUGGAUAUGUGUGUAAAGGGACAAUGGGGUACUCAAGUAAAAAUACACAAGUUGCUAUUGCAAUCAAGAUUCAGGACAUGGAAGAAAGAGGAAGCUGAUUUGUUCUUUGUGCCGACUUAUGUUAAAUGUGUUCGUAUGUCAGGUGGCUUAACUGACAAAGAGAUUAAUCAGACUUAUGUGAAGGUCUUAAGUCAAAUGCCAUAUUUCAGGUUAUCUGGCGGUCGCGAUCACAUAUUUGUUUUUCCAAGUGGUGCAGGGGCUCACUUGUUCAAAUCCUGGGCUACAUAUCUGAAUCGCUCCAUAAUUUUGACUCCUGAGGGGGAUCGAACAGAUAAGCGUGAUACAAGUGCUUUUAAUACCUGGAAGGACUUAAUCAUCCCUGGAAAUGUUGAUGAUGGCAUGACUACUCAGGGAGCAAGAUUUGUUGAGCCAUUACCCUUGUCAAAAAGGAAGCAUUUGGCAAACUUCCUAGGUCGGGCACAAGGAAAGAUUGGUCGUCUUCAAUUGAUAAAUCUUUCAAAGCAGUUUCCGGAUAAGUUGGAGUCUCCUGAGUUGAAGUUCAGUGGCCCUGACAAACUUGGUAGAAAAGAUUAUUUUCAGCACCUUGGGAAUGCCAAGUUCUGCCUUGCUCCACGUGGCGAGUCGUCUUGGACACUUCGGUUUUACGAGUCAUUUUUUGUGGAGUGUGUGCCAGUGAUCUUGUCAGAUCAAGUGGAGUUGCCUUUCCAGAAUGUUGUCGAUUACACACAGAUCUCGAUCAAAUGGCCAUCCACUCGGAUAGGUCGUGAACUUUUAGAAUACUUGGAAUCAAUACCAGACAAAGAGAUAGAAGGGAUGAUAGCUCGUGGUAGAGAAGUGAGGUGCUUGUGGGUGUAUUCUCCUGACUCAGAACCCUGCUCUGCAUUUAGCGGAAUUCUGUGGGAACUUCAGAGGAAAGUGAGGCAAUUUCACCAGUCAACUGAAACUUUUUGGCUGCACAAUGGAUCUGUAGUCAACAGAAACUUAAUGGAAUUCAACAAGUGGAAACCACCCAUGCCUUUGCCUUGAUCUUCAAUGACUUUGUCAUUAUUAUCUGUCGGACUUCAUCAAUUUGUGUUUAGGUAAUCGGAAUCCUAAAUUCCAUUUUAUUCUUUGAUUAGCUUCUAAUGUAGCAGUCCCAUGAAGCUUUUUCCUGUUUCAAGUUUUUGUUGAUUUUACACUGUUAUAUUGUAUAGUCAGGUAAGAAUUGUAUAAUUGGCAGAGCAAACAAGUAGGAUACUGGAGCAACUGUAUCUAUGCUUAGGGUAUAUUGUGCAACCUAAACUUUACAGCCCACACAUACAAAGGAAUAUCAAUAGCUUAUAAUGCUUCUCCUUC